ACAAAGUUCUAGCGCAUGCAGCUACUUGUAAAUACAGUGUACAUAGCGAUGAGCACACAAACCAGAUCGAGCGGCGGAGGUCGCAAUCAAACUAAUAAGAAAAACACAUCAACCACAGGUGGUGGUGGCGGUGGUAAUGAGACCAAUUUCCAGAAGAAAUCAGAUCAUGCCAAAACAGACAAAGAGAAACCACAGCUCCAUGUGAAACAGCCAACCGCUGAACAGAUUCGAAUUGCUCAAAUCACAGAGAUUAGCACCGGUUCAGAUGAUCCAAAAAUGCGCGAAAAAGUGGCCAAUUUAAUGGAAACCACUCAGCGCACUGAAGAAGAGGUCUGUUGUGCAUUAUACGAAUGUGACAACGAUCUCGAUCGAGCCGUCAUUUUUCUGCUCGAACAACUUCCAGUUGGUGCGUUCGAAACAUCAUCGAAAAAGAAAAAGAAUCGUUUGGCCGGUACGGGUGAUGCUGCUGCCACUGAUGGCGAGUGGAACGAGAACAAUAAUGCCGGCAACAGUGGCACAAACAACAAUUCUAACAACAACGCUGAUUACCAGAAAAAUCGUAAUCGCGGUGGUAAUGUUCGUGUUGGACGUGGUAAUUCAGACAGUCGUGGAUGGCGUGGCAGAGAAUCCCGGGAAAAUGAACGUAAUGCCGGUGGUUCUGGUGAUAACAAAUCAAACCAGAAUAGCGGACCACGGAGAGGACCACCAAACAGUUUCCGAAACGGUGGAUUCGGUGCCGGCAGAGGUGGUCGUUCUGGAGGUCGCUUAGGGCCGAGAAGUUCACGAGAUCAAAAUCGUGGCAAUUACUUUAGAUCUCAAGAUGAAAAUGAGACAGCCGUCGAUACAUGGGAUAAUAAUAUAGCAUUGAGUGCUGCUGAACAAACAAAAUCGGAUGACACAUGGGGUGAUUGGGAUAAUGAGGAGUACACAGGUUCUUUGGCUGAUACCAAAGUCUUUACACCGAGUACAGUACAAAAUCAAACAUUAUCACAUGCCGAACAAUUGUCAGCACCGCCGGGCUUAGAGCAGCAAAUUCUCAGUCCACCGUCACAAUUGACAAAUGACGAUUUGGUUCAACAGUACAGUGCGAACACUGUUUCAAGCACACCGUCGGCUGUAUCGGUUGGUGGUGGAAGCGGUGUUGGUGGUGUUGCCACCAAUAAUAACAGCAAUCAGGUGCAAUAUUCGGAUCUUCAUGUUCAAUCGUCCACGAAUGCAUCGCAUCUUCGACCAGCUAUCGAUAUACCAUUGAACUCGUCCUCAUUGUCUGCCGAACAAUCUCAGUAUUUCAAUUCGUUAUCAUCGCAACCAGUCAGUGCUGUGCAGUAUUCGUCGCCAUAUGCCUAUAAAUCGAACAUCAACGAUGCUGAUCAAGUAGUUGCCGGCCAACCACAAAUCCAACCCGUUGCUAAUCGUAAUAGUAAACGUGCCCGAGUACCACCACCAUCGAAAAUUCCAUCGUCGGCUGUGGAAAUGCCCGAUACGCUCAGCAAUAUUGGAUAUUUGGAUGUACAAUUUGGUGCGCUUGACUUUGGCUCGGAAGAAACGUUCGACUCGAUUUCCGAUAAAUUCCAAUCGUCAAAUAUAGUUGAUAAUUCACAAAAUGUCACAGCAUCUGAUGUAUCAUCGGAUUAUCAAUCGAAGUCCCAAGGUUCGAACAGUCUGAACCAAUCUCAAUUGAUAUCAAAUCCCGACUCAUUGGCCGGACAAUCCGAGAAUUUGUCAUCGUCCGGCUAUAGCCAACGUCAAAAUAGUUCCGUUGUACAAACGCAAACUGCAUCAGCUAACACAUUGGCCAAUGCUAGCGCUGCGCUCGAACAAUUAACAAAGUCUGAUCAUUAUGUAAACCAAUCAAAUGUAAAUGCCACAUCUGUAUCUGGGAAUGGUGCAAGCACAGCAGGUACCUAUCAAACAUACACGAAAACGUCGACCGUUUAUCAACCAUCGAAUGUUACGCCACAAGGGUACAACAAUUCAAAUUAUGCAAAUACACAAACCGCUUCAAACAGUUCCAAUUAUUCGUCGUCAACAAAUACAUAUAAUUCCUAUAAUCAAGGAUCGGUGAAUUCGUACCAAACGCAACAAUCCAAUCUAACUAAUAGUGUUAAUAAUUCAAGUAGUGUAACGAAUGUAUCGAAUAGCGGUUCAACAUCGGUUGGCAACACCACUUCAGUGAAUAAUGCCAGUUCCAGUGCGAAUACCGGAUAUUUGUCGAAUCAAUAUCCGAGUAGCCAGACGUCAUCUGUUUAUCCAACGCAAGCGAGCGCUUAUCAAAAUAACCCGAACUGUGUGUACGGAAGCAGUAGUCUUAACAACAAUAAUUCAGGGUACACGGGAAACACUAAUACAUCAACAUCGCAGUACAGUAGCUUUAGUGGUUCAAAGAUAAAUAAAGACUCAACGCCAGUAACAACCAUCUAUGACAGCACAUUGUCAAGUAGCACGCAAAGCGUUGGAGCCAACAAUUCGGCCAGUAAUACAAGCGGUAACAGUAAUAGCAGCUUGAGCUCACCAUCAAUUGGAUUGACAAAUACAAAGGUGACUAAUUCCACAGCUAAAAGUACUGGAGGUGGAAAUGUUGUGUCAAAUAUACCAAUGGUUAGUCAAUAUAUACCGACUGGAAUGCCAUUCUAUCAGCAGCCUGUCUAUUCCUAUGAGGAUAUUCAGAUGUUGCAACAAAGAAUCCCGCCGCAUGUGCCUGCCGGAUAUUACGACAUAAAUUAUCAGACACCAACCAGCCUUGGUGCGUCUGGCGUGCGUGAUGGUAAUUUGGGUUCAGUUGCAUAUUCCACAAUGUCUGAUGGCCGUUUCACUCGUACCGAUAAUAAUUCGAGUCCAGUCAGCAAUGUUCCUAGUACAAUGUCACAGCAAACUGGUUCCGGUGGUCCAAUGUUGAAUCUUCCGUAUGCAUAUUUCUAUGGUGCAAACAUGAUGCCCGGAAGCUAUCAAUUUGGAACUCCAGCCCUAUAUCCACAACAAUUAGCUACGAAUGCAUCGUCAAAUGCACAAUUCGCAAAACCAUCGUACAACAGUGCGUACGGUUCAUCUGGUUAUGAUGCACUUGGUCAAUCAACACAAGAGUAUACAAAGACUGCUUAUCCGGGUAGCGGUACACAACAAUCGAAAGGACAAAAUGUAUCGAAUCAACCACCAAGUGGUACAGGUUCGGACAUUUCCUCAUCAAUGUAUGGUAAUAAAAACCAUGCUGCUUUAAGCAAAGUCAAUUCAUAUGAAAAAGGGUCGUUCCAUAGUAAUACACCUCCGCCAUUUGGACAAAAUGCCGGAGCCACAUCUCAAUACGGUGCACAACAACUUUACAUUCAAGCUAUGCCAGCUGCUUUGCAUAACAUGAACUUACCGCAACACAUACAUCAGGAUUAUUUCUUUUAAAAAAAACGACGAAAAAACUGAUAAAUUUAUUUACUUAAAUUUAAUUCAAUAGAUUUAAUUACUCGAAUUUUUCGACUUUACGUACCUCUUUUGUUUGAAGUUCUAUUUUUUUUUUAAAUUAAAAACCAAGAAUCAAUAUUUAUGAAAAUGAACAAUAUAAUAUAAAUACAAUCUGCUUUGUGAAAUUAAUUGAACAUAAAAGUAAUGUGUCGAUGCUACCAAAAAAUAAUGAAACGAAACAAAAAUUCGGCGAUUUUUGCAGAAUGGAAGGAAAAAAGAGAAUCAAACCGAAGUGCCUCUGAAUUAUUAAGAAUUAUGGAGUUAUAUUUUUUGUGCAAAUGUGAAAAAGAAAAAAACGUGUUGCGAAUGUAAAUGUUCACGGCGUCAUAGGAAACAAAAAAAAAACGUUAUAUUGUUUAUGGAAGGAAAAAAAAUUGUAUUAAAAGUAUGCAAAGAACAGGCAAUAAUGCUUAACAGAAUAUGAAAAGUAUGAGAAAUAUGUAAUAAAGGAGGUUAUCUCGCCUAAAAAUUAAGAUAAACGAACACGAAUCGAACCAAAAAGUAAAACAAAUGAAAAUAAUUGGAAACAAAAAAUUUAAAUAAACCAAUAAACAUACAAUAUAUCAAGACAUCAUACAGCUCAAUUAGUAGGAUAUGUAAUUUAAGAAACAUAACAAAUAUAAUCUGCAAAUUAAUUAUAUGUUUAUAAAGCUAAUGAAAAAUGAAACAGUCAAAAUGACUAUUGCACCGUAAUUGCCGAAGAACAUACAAAAUUCAAGCCAAACACACACACACACACACACACACACAUACUUAUAGAUGACGAUGAUGAUACACGUAUGACCGAAUUUACACCCAACUUUCCAAGCCAACCAAAAUCAAUACACACACCGAUACAGACACAUACAUAUAUAUUGAAAGAGCGACAAAAUAUUGAGAUUUUUUAAUGAAAAAUAAAGUGAUUUACAAUGAAGUCGAAAAUUGAGAAAAAAACAUAAGAGCCAAUCAAAUGUAAUGUUAUUUAUCUAAAAAGAA